UAGCCUUGUUAGCAAUGCAAUACUGUCAUCACACCACUCUCUCCGCCUUUCCUCCUCUCUUAGAGUUCAAAGCCUUAAGUUACAACGCUAAUCCUUGUGAACAGUAUUUUUAACUUGCGUUGGGACAGAAAGAACAGCAAUAGGAUUAAAGAAUCAGUGAAGAGGCUGAAUCCCUAACUCAUGCUGCUGAUCUUCUUGCACGCCGACUGAAAAGCACGGUUGCUCUUUCUUUAGCUUUAUUUCCAACAUUUUUUAAUUAUUUUUUUUAGAGAACAGUGUUUUGCACAAAUGGAGAUCUUGUGGAAAUUUCUUGUUUCUGUUUUUUACUGACUUUACUCAGACUCUGUACAAAGCUUUUCUGUUGGUUCGUCUUUCUAAGGAGCUGUCACAAUGGAUAAUAUAAAGCCCAAGCUGAAAAUGCUGAAGAAGCGUCGCUCCAGUCUUUUUGCAACCGUAAAACGGGAAGUUAGCUUUUCACAAAGCGGUGAGGAAGAGGGGCAAGAAUUCCCUUUUUCACAGGACAGCUCAGUGAAACCAUGGACAUCUAUGGACAACCUUGAUGCUAGUGCUCAGCAAAGCACAAAGAAAAAAGACAAGAGAAAAGAUGCACUAAAUCCAAGGAAAUCAAACAUAGUCAACCUCAAUGUGGGUGGAAAAGUCUUUCACAUCCCCAAGCAUUUGGUCCUCCGAUACCCAAAAACCAGGAUUGGAGUCCUUGCUCUCUGUGAUGAUCCGGUUAAGCGUCUGACACUCUGUGACGAUUACAACGUCCACAACAACGAGUUCUUCUUUGACAGGGACCCAAUGUUUUUCCAUUACAUUUUCCACUUCUAUUGCAGUAAUGUCCUGUGGGUGAUGGAUAGUCUUUGUCCUGUCAACUUUGAGGAGGAGAUGUCAUUCUGGGGGCUCAAACUGAAGGACACUCCAAGGUGUUGCCGUAUUCUAUUUGAGGAGAAGGUGGACGACAUCCGAGACCAACUGAAGGUCAACCAGGAGCUAAUUGAUGAGAUUAAGCCUCAUCAGGAUGACGAGGGCUACAAGAAAAUGUUUCUUGGAACCUUUCGAAAGGCCCUCUGGGACUUGAUGGAGAAUCCCUAUUCCUCACUGUCAGCCAAAACCUUUGCUGUGUUUUCCAGUCUUUUUGUGCUCAUCUCUAUUGUUGCCAUGACAUUAAAUACAGUCAAAGAACUCAGGCAGUACAAAUUUGGAGGUAAAACCUACAUGGAGUGGAUAGAGGUAGCCUCCAUUCUUUUCUUCACAUUGGAGUAUUUUUUGCGGUUGCUCACCACAUCCGACAUCAAACAUUUUGUGAAGAGUGCCCUCAACUUUGUCGAUAUAGUGGCUGUCAUGCCUUACUUCAUCCAGAUCAUUUUUGAGACGUUUUUUAUAGAUUCAGAGGACAUAAGUGCACAGGAAGAUUUGAAGACAAUGGCAAGAGUCAGUAAAGUCAGCAAAGUGCUUAAGGUUGUCAAGCUGAUGCGCAUCUUCCGUAUCCUGAAGCUUGCCCGUCACUCCACAGGCAUGAGGGCGUUUGGCUUCACCAUCCGUCAGUGCUCUGAGCAGGUGUGCUGUCUGUUUCUAUUCAUCGCAAUGGGCAUCUUCACCUUCUCUGCUCUGAUGCACUCUGUUGAGAUGGAUCAGCCGGGGACACCUUUCAGCAGUAUACCGGAUGCCUGGUGGUGGGCUGCAGUGAGCAUCUCCACUGUGGGCUACGGAGACGUCGUCCCCAUCUCCUAUCUCGGCCGCUGUGUGGCUUUCAGCUGCAUCUCCUUUGGCAUCAUCCUCAACGGCAUGCCCAUCUCCAUUCUGUUCAACAAGUUCUCCGACUACUACGCCAAACUGAAGGAGCAGGAAUACAACGUUUCAAACACUGAGCGCACCUUCCAGCUCAAGAAACGGCUGAGGCGUAAGUUUGACAGCUGCUUCGAACCACCAGAGGACUCCGAUGACGAGAUCCACUAUCGGCCGAGUGGAAGGCAAUAUUAUGACGACCAGGACGAAUGAGAGAAGCUGCCUAGUUGUGAUCUCAGUAACCUAAAUGGCCUUAUCACCCAGGGGUCUACAGAGAAUAAGACCCCCAUCUGCCUGUGUGACUUAACAUAAACAAUCUAAAGGGGUAAAAGGAGGCAGCAACAAGUUGAGAUAAGCUCUAAGCCUCAGGUUUACAGUAGGUGCUGUUUGCAUGCUAUGGGUGAUGAUAUGAUGAUGGUGAUGGUGAUGAUGAUUCCUCUGUCAAAUGGACAAGAUGCUCACAGUGGAUGGCUUGUUAUCCGUUUCCAGGAAUAGCAUCUAGAUAAAUAAAUGUUUGAAGCAAGGAGGUCAAGUUGUAGCAUUAUCAAUGAAGCAAUGUUACACUUAAAUCACCUUAAAGGAAGCUUGCUUUCAAUGGAAGUGCUAUUAAUUACCUAUUUUGGACAUCUACAUGGUCUCUUACAUUUUACUUUAAAUGCUCAGAACAAUAAACAGUGUAACAUAAAGUUUGGCCAAUACAAGCUCGUCCUGGUGGAUUGUAGUCAUCAUAUUACAAUUAGGUGAAAGAAAUGUAUAAGCAACCUGUGAUUUAUUUGUAUGUGCGUCUGAGAAAUAAGUUCAGCAUCGUCAGUGCAAAGCUCUUCCAUGUGCCAUGCAUUCUCUGUCAGCAAAGUAAUGCUCUUGCUGUUUUUUUUCCUUUUGGUUUGUUCAGUCACUCAGCAUGUUCUUGAAGGCACCUAAGUAGAGCAACAAGAGCAGCAGAGGGGUGUGGCACAAGCGAUCAAGAGCCACGGUGUAAUUUUGCUGUCAAGGAUUACCAGGAUUUGCGCUUCCUGCCUGGUCAGAUAAGGGUAGAAAGUCAAUCAUGUACUCUGCUAUUUUGGUGGCACUGAGAAUCUGAUCAGGUGCAGAGAAUCAGGUUCUAUUUUAACGGAUACAGGCUGCUUUAAUGGAUGAUGAUUUGACUCUGACAGACAAUAUAUCCCUGCAACUGGAAGGAUUUUUUAUUCGUAGUUAUACCUGAGCAACGGUGCUUAUUAUUGUCAUCCAGCGUCUCAGUAUUUAGGAGGAUCUCUGCAGGAAGAGGGAAUGUUCUUGACCUUCAGAUCUCAGGCCCUGCAAGCUGAGUUGAGCUGUCAUUAAACCAGUUCUCGUCUGUGGCA